AUCUGGAACUAGUAGGCUGAAAAAAUCCAAGAUGGCCGACCACGAAGGAGUGGAAAGCGAAGAAAAUAUUAUAGAUGUCGAAAAAAUCGAGGAAAAAAUCUCCUUAACCCCACCAGAGGAGUGCGGAAUGUUUGCAGAACAUGAAGCAUUAACAUUAAAACUUGAAGAACAAGGCAGCGAUGUGGAGUCAACAAAUGAAAGCAAUGGAAAUUCGAAUGACAACACGGUCACUGGCAAGAUGGGCAAAGGACGUGGCCAUUGGCGCCGAGGAAAGAAAACUAAGUUGGGCUAUCGUUGUACUAAUAAUUUAAAGGUAUGAAAUAAUUAUACCACUUAAGAGAAAUAUCUAUUUUAGAAACAGCUGUUGUAAAUAUGAAUGAUUUAAUACAAAGUGACUGGAUGACCGGCAGCCGGCUAUCUAUAGUAAACUAAAAAAUGCUGUGCUGAGUCGUUAUAUUACUACCUUAAAAAAAUAAGCAGAAACUCGACGUUUCGAGCAAAGGCCCUUCGUCAAGAGUUAGUAGCCAUAUAACCACUCAGCACAGCAUUUUCACAUUGGUACUACCAACACUGGUACAGACAGUUUUAGUAUAUCUAGUAAACUGCCGGCUAUAUAAUGACUAUACUGUAGUUACAUAUAAACACAUUUGUUUGCACUAGUUUUACCGAGCUUGCCGUUAGCGCAUAUGGCAAAGGCGUUGCGUGCGGAGAGUGAAACCCAGCCGGGGUCGGGUUGUAUUUUUAACAUCUGACUUAGCAUAUUUUUUUCUUAAAAUUUUUCCAACUUUUUCUACACCUUUUUAACUCUCAAAAGGUCAGGUUAGGGGUUAGGGUUAGAGGAAGGUUUGGGGUUAGGGAACGGUUUAUCUUAUAAAAAUUCAACUUUCAUAUAUAGCCGGCAGUUUACCAGAUAGCCAGCUGCCGGUCAUGUAGUUACUUCGGAUUUAAUAUGUAUCCUAGGAGGAUCACAAGCAGCCGUUAUUUGGUGUGACAUUUAAUUGCAACUUUGAUGAAAGUGCAGAGGACCCGUUGAUUUUUGCAACUGUUGGAAGUAACAGAGUAAGUGCCUAUGUGACGUCUGUUAAGAAGGAUGAAGAUCAAGGAUUUGACAAUUAUAUUAAUAUGUGGUAAUUUUUUCAUAAGGCAUCCAUAUAUCAAUGCAAAGAUAAAGGAGAGAUCAAAUUACUUCAAGCCUAUGUUGAUGCUGAUGUAUCCUUAUAAUUAGUUCCAAACUGUUCAAGUAAACUAACUUUAUCAAUUCUAAACUGUUUCUAUGAUCUAUCAAUUUUAAACCAUAUAUUUAGCAAUAGACAAUUACAUAGUGGUAUAGACUUAACUGAUUUAAAAUUUAGCCAGAUGAAAAUUUUUACACAGCAGCAUGGUCAUUCAUUUUGGAUUCAGGCGAACCAAUUCUUGCCAUAGCUGGUUCACGAGGAAUUAUAAGAAUUAUCAGGUGUGUACUCAACCAUCUUUUAUUAUCGAAUGAAUAAUAAAUAAUUAACCCAUUGAGUGGCAGCACUCUCCACUUGAUGAGAAAAAUAGUCUGGCAUUAGACAGAUCGAGUAAAAUAUUAAAGUAGGGUGUGUUGCCACUUAAAGGGUUAAGAGGAUUCAUUGGUUAACCCAUUGAGUGGCAGCAUCUCCACUUGACGAGUAAAAUCGUCUGGUGUUAGACAGAGUAAAAUACUAAAGUAGAGUGCAUUGCCACUUAAUCAGAUAUUUAAUCAGAUUUUGAGAGGGGGUACCCGCUCGUAUAUUUUAAGUAAUGAUUAUUUAAUCUUUUAUUUUGUAGUGCUUUUACAAUGCAGUGUUCAAAGGUAAAAUAAUGAGUAAUCUUAUUGUUUAUUCUCUAAGGUUUUUGGUUGCCAGUGCUUAUCUCGUGAGCAAUUGGAUAAAUUAAUUGAAACUUUUUCUGUUUUAGCAUUUUCUAGGUCACGGUAGUUCUGUCAAUGAGCUUAAAUUUCACCCAUUAGAUCCUGAACUGUUGCUGUCCGUUAGUAAAGGUAUCUCUUCAUUACUUCUACCUACAGCCAGAUCUGAAGGGGGGUGCUUGCCGACCCUUGCCGACCCUCAGUUCAGGACACUUCCCCCUUUUAACCCCCCCCCCCCCACCAUUUGUUUUGUUCCCCCACCCCCUGCACCCCAGUAAAACCAUCCCUGGCAGGUUGACCGCCAUGUGCUCCAUGCUAAUGCUUAAUGAAGGCCAACUAUCUGCUAUGGUGGAUUCUUGCACUUCACUUGGUGGAAUUCUGGUGCAGGAAUCGCAGGGCCGUAGGUUCAAUUCCUACCAGAGGACCUUGUGCUGCAUUUUUUGCAGUCAUUCCUGGUUAGGUCUUAAAAUGUAUAUAUUCUCACUUGGAUUACAAACCCUAACAUUCAACUAUCUGCUAAACUCUUUCAGAUUAUGCAUUACGUUUGUGGAAUGUGAGAACAGAAGUGUGUGUUCUGAUGUUGGCUGGAGUUGAAGGACAUAGGGAUGAAGUGUUGAGUGGGGUAAGUUUAGAUUUUAUUUCAAAUGAUGAGAGCUCAAUAUUACAGAGUUUUAGCAAGCAAGGUUUUUGAAAACACUGAGGUCACACAUACAUAAUUUAGUUGUUAAUUAUUAAGCUUCUUGUCUGAAUCAAGAUUCAAGGACAGCAAUAUGUGCUUCAUGAGUGUUUACUUUCCAUUAAUUUUAGGAUUUUGAUAUUUUGGGAACAAGAAUUAUUUCCUGUGGAAUGGAUCACUCUUUGAAAAUCUGGUCUCUAGAUGAGGAGAAAAUUAAAAAGGUUCCAACAUGAAUGAUUUAUUCACUUGUCUGACUAAAAUUUCCCCUCACACAUGGGGAGAGUGCUUCUGGUUUGACUUCACCAAACACUGCAGGUCUUAGCCACUUUCAUGGGCGUACCGGGCGGGGGGGGGGCAGCCCCCCCCAGUUUGUUGUGCAGUCAGGCAAUAUUCGUUGAACAGUCUGGCAAUUUUGGUGUAUUAAAAAAAGAAAUGAGACAAAUUCUGUCAAUUUUGUGGUCAAUUUUGUGAUGUUUCCAAAAUUUUUGUUAGGUUCCGGAAAAUUUUGGUAUGUGCAGAAAAAAUUUUUGACCCCUAAAAUGGUACACUGACCAAAAUUUUUUUGGCGACGGGGGGGGGGGGGCAAAAUCCAAAAAAGUCGGGCAAAUUUCUCUCCGGCCCCCUAAAUUUUUCCUUCCGGUACGCCCAUGGCCACUUUAGUGUCUUUCUGUAAUACUGGAUUGAUAAAAUAUGGCCCUUGAUGGACCUCUAGGGAGAACUUGUUUAGAACUGAUGGGGUUAUCCAGUAUAAAAAAACGAAAACAAAAAAAAACCUGAAAAUGAAAAAACAUGAAAAUGAAAAAAGAAAAGAAAAAAAAAUGAAAAUGUUUACAAUUUGUAAAAAAUGUUUACAAAAUGUUUAAGAAUGAAAAUGUUUACAAUUUUCGGAGUAUCUAUUGUUUUGUGUUUUAUUAAAAUAUCCAGUAUAAAAAAGUUAGUUUAGUUUAGGUUUCCUCCUGUAGUAACACUGGCAGGAUAAGGGCUGGUCAUUACUGGACCUCUAGGAAGAACAGUUUAGAACUGAUUGAUCUAUCCAGUAUAAAUAAAGUUAGUUUAGUUUAUGUUUCCUCCUGUAGUAACACUGGAUCAAUAAGAGAUGAUCCUUACUGGACCUCUAGGGAGAACAGUUUAGAACUGAUAGAACUAUCCAGUAUAAAUAAAGUUAGUUUAGUUUAGUUUUCCUCCUGUAGUAACACUGGAUCAAUAAGAGAUGAUCCUUACUGGACCUCUAGGAAGAACAGUUUAGAACUGAUAGAACUAUCCAGUAUAAAUAAAGUUAGUUUAGUUUAGGUUUCCUCCUGUAGUAACAUUGGAUAAAUAAAAGAUGAUCCUUACUGGACCUCUAGGGAGAACAGUUUAGAACUGAUAGAGCUAUCCAGUAUAAAUAAGGUUAACUAAGUUUAGAUUUUCUCCUGAAAUAAUCCUAGAUCAAUAAGAGAUGACCUCCACUGAACAUCUGGGAGAAGCUGAGAACUGAUAGAGUAACUUAACGUUGUCGAGUAUAAAUAAAAUUAGUUUAGUUUAGGUUUCCUCCUGUAGUAACAUGCUGGUCAUUACGUGACCUCUAGGAAGAACAGUCCAGUAUAAAGUUGGUUCUUUAAGUUCAGUCUUUUUCUUUUGUCUGUUUUUUUUUUCUAACUAUAGUUGUUAUUCAUUUCUUAGACGAUAGAAGAUGCAGCAUUAUACAACAACGCAAAAUCGACAAAAUCAUUUAAAACUUUACAAAUACAUUACCCCAAGUUUACAACAAGAGAUAUUCACAGAAAUUAUGUUGACUGUGUCAGAUGGCUUGGCGAUCUUGUAUUAUCCAAAGUAAGCCAAGUUUCCUACAUGUAACUUAAAGUAAUUACUGAGCUUAUGAUUUUCAUUUUUGACGCUGAUUAUCAUUGAUGCUGUAAAAUUGACGCCAUAUUUAUACAGCAAUAUAAGCAAAAUAUAGUUUCACAGCUUUUCAAUCAUUUUAGAAAGCUAGAAAAAAUUACUACCCAUGAAGUGAAUAGCGCUACGGGAAAAUUUGUUUCUCAACUCAAACAAAAUUUGUCAAAAUAACUGUUUGACUCCCGCUCCGAGUUUUGUGUAAUUGUAAAUGUUUUUUCUUUAGUCUUGUGAGAACUGCAUUGUCUGUUGGAAACCAAAAAAAAGUCUUGAAGAAGUAUUCGCAAAG